AUGAUCGUCAUCAACAUUCCUGUCGACGCAACCGUCUCGCUUCCACCAGAGCCGCGUCCUCGACUUACCCUACACAAUGCUUCCGCCGCCUCCGAUGAUACCUCCUCUGUCUCUUCCGGCUCCAGCACGCCGCCACCUGGCUCGGCUCCAUCAUCCCGUCGCCUCUCUCGUCGCGUACAGAGCAUGGCCAUCGCAAAUCUGUUGCGCGACGAGUCUCCCAAGCCAGACAAAUCUGCACUUCCAUCAUCUGCUGUCAGCAGCAGCAGCAGCAGCUCUAGCUCCACUUCCGAUCUCAAAGCGCUCAAGUACGACCUCCCUGCUGACAUCGCCGUCCCGCCCUUUGCUCAGCCUUCCAGGGAUGUAGAUCGAGACCUCGCUCGACUCUACGAAGCCGUUUCUGGCGCACGCCGUAUUGCUGUCAUCUGCGGUGCCGGUAUCUCGGUCUCCUCUCCUGCAAACAUCCCUGAUUUCCGCUCCGCCCAUGGUCUUUUCAAAAAGCUCAAGGAGAAGCACCCUACUGCCGGCCUCUCCUCUGGCAAGGACCUCUUCGAUGCUCGCCUCUUUAGCUCCGAAUCCACUUCUGCCCUCUUCUACUCGAUGGUCGCAGAGCUCAAGAGGCUCGCCGACGAGGCAGAACCCACCAUCUUUCAUCGCUUCCUCAAACGUCUCGACGAUGAGGGAAGGCUUCAGCGCGUCUACACCCAAAACAUCGACGGCCUCGAAGAGAAGGCCGGUCUCACCUUCGGCCUCGGCGAGGUGGGUGACUCCACAACCACCGUCCGAGCCCUCGGAAAGCGCAAACGUCUCGGCUCGGCCGCAUUCUCGCGCUCCAAAUCAGACUCGCACCUCCUCUUUGCUUCAAAGCAGCAAGGGCAAGAAGAUCAAAAGAAACCCAUGUUUCCCCGCACCAUUCCGCUUCACGGCACCUUGCAAACGCUCACAUGUGCCUUGUGUAACCACAAGCUCAUGCUCGGCAACACAGUCCAUCACAGACCCGAUCAUCGAGACGCGUCACCUUCCUCGCGUGAAGGAUCGGCAUCGUUGGGCCACGAGGAUAGCAAGCACGCCAUGGAGCUCCUUCAGAACGGCGAAGCUGUCCCUUGCCCACGGUGCCAGACUGCCGACGAGGUUCGCACUUCCAACGGCAUGCGUUCAAGAGGUGUAGGCAGGAUGAAGGUCGACAUCGUCCUCUACGGCGGUCAGAACGAGGGCGCAGAACGUGUUGGUCAGUGCCUCCAGCGUGACAUUCUCGGCCUUCGAGAUCCGAACGAACCUCCCGUACCCGAAUCGGCCGCAGAGACACGAGCUCGCGAACGCAAAGAGGCCAAAGAGACAGCCAAGCUUGAGCACGAAUCGCAGCAGCAGCGCACUGUGCUCAAAGAAGAACGCGACAAGGCAAAAGCUGAUGUGAGCAUCGACUCAGAAGGCAUCGUCGACUCCGAGCUCGGCACAUUUCUGCCCGCCUCAGAUUCAAAGGAUGAUAUCCUAGCCAGAGCGUUCGCCGACGAAGCCGACGACAACAACGGUGCACGCAGCAGCGCCGGCCCGUCCACGCAGUCAUCGCAGCCCGUCACAGCCGCGGGCAGGAGUAUCACCAUCACCGAACCCGUCGUGCCCGCCAAGAAGAAAGCCGCUCGGCCUCCCAGGCUCAAGCCGCUUCCUCCCGACCUUCUCAUUGUGGCAGGCACCAGUCUCAAAGUUCCAGGAACCAAGAGGAUCGUUCGCGAAUUUGCCAAGGCUUGUCACGCCCAAGACGAAUGGCUCAUCUACUCUUCUGAGGACGAGGACGAGAGCAGCGCCGCCGAGGAAGGCUCGGGCAAGAAGCGAGCCAAGGAUGCGAAAGCGUCUGGCGACAAGUCGGACAAGGCCCGCUACACCAAUGGCGCUCGCCCUGAAGAUGAGCAAGAUGAUGAGGACGACGAGCCCGAGAUCCACGACCCCGCGUGUCCCAUCCGCACCAUCUUGUUCAACUACGACUUCCCCAACCCGGCUCGUGAAUGGGAAGAUGUCUUUGACGUAUGGAUUCAGGGUGAUCUUCAACGGGCAGCUCUGUCGCUCUUCCCUGCCAGAAAGGUGGACGACGACGCUCCUGUCGAAGCAAAGGCCAUCGAGCAGAUCGUCGGCAGCCACACUUGGGGCAAGUUCAAAGACUAUCUUGAGGAGCAGCGUAAGCUCGCCAAGAAGGAGAAAAAGAAAGCAGCUGUGGCAUCCUCAUCUGCGAAUACCAUCGGCUCACGCAAGGGCAAGCUGGGCAGAAUCAUGUCGGCUGCAGCAAAGAUGGAGGGCGUUGGCGUUCCCUCCUCGACAGAAUCGACGCCGGCGCCCAUGGCAAGCUCGCAGACAGAAUCGGGCAAGGCAGCUGCCAAGGUCAAGGCAGCCAAAGCCAGGAGUCGGUCAGAGUCGCCAGUAAAAAAGCGUCCUGCCACCGGCGUCAAUGGAAACGGCAGUGCUGCUGCCCCUAAACGCACCUUGGGCGGAGCAAAGGGUGUCGGACUCAAGCGUAGCAACAGCAAAAAGGGCAACCCCUUCCUUGCCGCCGAUUCAGAGUCGACGGUCACCGUCGAGAUUCCGACCAUUUCAGAGGAGGGCGAGCAGGAAGAGGAGGGAGGACAACAACGACCCGGACGCUCCCAGGGAAAAGCGCGUGACGGUGGCACAUCACAGAUCAAGAAGAGGAAGGAGCAGCUGCCACCGUCACGUCAGAAUUCAGAGAUGGCUCCUCCCCCAAAGAAGCGCAGCUGGUCGCGCAGCGCGACCAUGCCUGAGACGCAAUCCUCUCCGCAGCUGAUGGUGCUGAUCGAGAAUCAGAGCCUCAAUAACGGUGCACCGAAAUCCAGCGUCAGGAAUGUGGGCGCCGGUGUCAAGCCCUCGACUGUCUAUGGUGCUGCAGCCACAGCCGCUUCGGUGAAAGGCAGGGCGAAGAGAAGUCUUUCGAUUUCUUCAGCAACAGCAGCAGCGGUGGCAGGAGGGCGAAAGACCAACUGGGCUCGAACACAGAGCGAGACUGCUGCAUGUCUUUGA